GGGGAGAGCAGCAACAACAAGAGGAAACGAAAAUUAGACUCGACUACUGUGAUGGCGAGCGGACCGACGAAAAAGCAAGACGCGUUUCAGGAUUUCAAAGUACUACUAUUUAACUCUUAAAUCUACUCGAGGAUGUUGUUUGCUAGGUUUUUCUUUUUCACAGUCUUGUCCAGGGAGUAGGGUUCUCCUUAAGAAACUCUUCCGGACAAAGAGUUUUGGAGACGGGAGGGAAGCCUGCAGGAGGUGCUCACUGGCUUCUCCCUGACCUCACCUGCCUCCUACUUUAGGAGGUACACAAUCCUGAACCACUUAAGUCGAAAAUGAGGCUUGCUACUCGUUGCACUAUCGGCUCAACUCCUUAAUUUAAAACUACCUUCAUACUCUUCGUAAUGGCUAAAUUUAUCUACUUGCUUCUCUUUCUCUGUUCCUUUUCCAAACAACACCACUUUAGGACAACAAGGCAAAACAAAAAAACAUGUCCUCCCGGAAGCAGAGCAAGACGGAAUAAGUGACUUUCCGCAAAAGAUACAAGACAGUUUUCUAACUCUUAGGGAGAAUAAGUUUCUUGAAUUCUAAGGCCAAUGAAAUUGUUGGUGAUCUAUGAGUUGUCACACGGGGUAGGGCAGUGAAUGACUGCAGGUACGGAUCUGUGUCUGUACUAGAUCCUCUCCAAUGUUCCCUCAUCCUACCUAAUAUGCUUUCUCUUUUACUCUACACUAGUCUCCACUAACUCUCCUUACCCUCUUCUCCCAUGCAUACCCUUUCUUCAUGCAUACCCUUUCCAAAAAAGAGCCUAUUCUCCCCUAUCCAUCCAGCAAAAAUGUCACUACCCAACCCCUAAAUCCCUAAAUCCAGAACGCUGCAGAUCGUGAAGAUGGCAGUGACAAUCCAAAGGCGCGAGCGUGGCGACUUGCAAGUGGCGGCGGCGCCGACUACCGACGUUGGUGCAAAGACAACAAGCGACAAGGUCGGGGACAAC